AUGGAAAAGGAAAUGUGUGAUAUUUCUGUAGAGAAAAGGCUUAGACUAUUUGGUUUUGAGCUAAAUCCAAUAAAGAAUGAUAUUGAAGGACUUGUGAAAGAGUCUAAUGAAGGAGAUGAAAGUGUGAAUUCCUCAAAUUCAUUUUCAUCAUCCGGAGAGAAAAUUGUGCAAGAAAAAGUCUCAUCUAGAGACCAACAAGAUGAGAGAAAAUUUGAGUGUCAAUAUUGUUUGAAAGAAUUUGCGAACUCGCAAGCGUUAGGAGGCCAUCAAAAUGCACACAAGAAAGAAAGAAUGAAGAAAAAAAGAUUGCAACUUCAAGCUAGAAAAGCUAGCAUAAACUAUUAUUUACAACCUUUUCAAAAGAAUCACCAUGGUUUUUCUUCUUACCAUGGUUCUUCUGAUACUCAUUGGUUUUAUGACCCUUCUUCUUAUAACAACUCUGAAAUUUCAUUGUUUGAAGAGUCUCAAAUUAGUUUCAAGUCAAAAAAUGUUCAUGAUGCCAAUUCUUGGUAUUCUUUGCCUUCUCAUCAUCAUGUUAAUGUUCCUACCUCUCAACAUGAUGCUUGCAUGUUUACUUUCUCUAAUAAUGAUGUUAGGCCUUUCAUUUUGGAUCCUUCUUCAAACCAAAGUCAUAGUAAAGCUUUGGAUCUUCAAUUAGGUCUCAAUUUGGAGUCAGAUUCUAGAAGCUCUUUGAAAAGGAUAUAA